AGGACCUGCGCCGCGUGUGCGCGCUCAGCCGGCGAUCGCGCGCAGCACGUUCAGGGUGGGGAUGGCGGCGGCGGCGGCCGGGAGCGGGACGCCCAGAGAGGAGGAGGCUCCCGGAGGGGAGGCAGCAGCUACGCAGGCCCAAGCCCCGACGAGUGCAUCCGGGGCUCGGCUCUCGAGGCUGCCUCUGGCGAGAGUAAAGGCUUUGGUGAAGGCGGACCCUGACGUAACGCUCGCGGGACAGGAAGCCAUCUUUAUCCUGGCGCGUGCCGCGGAGCUGUUCGUGGAGACGAUUGCAAAAGAUGCCUACUGCUGUGCUCAACAAGGAAAGAGGAAAACUCUUCAGAGGAGAGAUUUGGAUAAUGCAAUAGAAGCUGUGGAUGAAUUUGCUUUUCUAGAAGGGACUUUGGAUUGAUUACAGAGCUGGGUGAUUUUGUGAGCCUUCGCUGCAUCCUUCAUCUUUCCCUGUGCAAGCCUCAGCUUUGGAGAGAGUCUGUGCGUGUACAAAUCUUGUUCUCCUUUACCCAAGCUACAAGAAGCAGAAAUCUCUGGUACAUUCUCCACAAAGUCUUCCAUUAUUUGAGUCUGUCUUCCAGGUCAGGCCCGGAUGUAGCUGGUGCUGCUCGGGGUGGAGAUGAAAGGACUGUUCUGCAUGAGCGGCUCAGUGAUGGAGGAAGACCAGGAUAAAGGUCUUUGGCCAGAUUCAUUCCUGUUUUACAGCCCUGCCUGUGCUCUUGCCCUGUGACUGAGAACCAUGCCAUCAGGCACAGCCUUUCCUCAUCUUCCUACCAACCAUCCUGAGUCAGCCUUUUUAUUAACUUUGUUCUUUCUCAGCAUGGCAAUGGAAUGUGGGUCUAUAAUUGAUGCGAUACCACUUCUCCUUAGGGGUCAAAUCAAUGUGGUCCUAACAGUUUUAUUGAUGUAUAAUUCAUGUGUCACAAACAAUUUAAACUAAAGCUCGGUGUUUUUUUUUUUGAAUAUUCAUAGGUAUAUGUAUCGAGAUUCUGAACAUUUUCCUUUCAGCAGAUUCACAUGAGUCUUUUGUGUAUGACAAAAUUUAGAUAAUGUUAUUUAAAUUUUAUCUAUGCUAUGGUAUGUAUUUGUACCCUUUCCUUUAUGUUGUGAAAUAUACAUAAUAUAAAGUUUCCCAUUUUAACUGCA